AUGAGUGUCACGGGAGGUCUAGAUGGAGCUACAACCAAUGUGACAUCAAGAACUGCCCCUACGGGAGCUGAAGUUCUUACUGUUGCAGUUAUUGGAGAUUAUGGAUGGACUGGAUGGAUUCCUUCUCCAGAUAAAUUUUGCUUUGAUGUGCUUCCGAGACUGCAAGCUGCAGGAAUCACCGUUCCCAACGAGGUAGUAAACGAUUGCGAUCCGGGCGACAAGCAAUACAUCACAAAUGCAACUGCCCUUCAAAUGGACACCUCUGCAUACGUUGGCCAAAUCUGUGCCAUGAAGAAUUGUAGUGCUUUUCUCUCUGUUGGUGACAAUUUCUAUGAUUCUGGAGUUGACUUCACAACAAGUGGACUUCUCAGAUUUCAAGCUGCAUGGGUUGAUAUGUAUACUCAAGGGGUGUUCAAAUAUGCACCAUGGUAUCAAUGCCUUGGAAAUCAUGAUAUCGUCCCAGGCCAGCCAGGUGUGGACUUUCAGACAAAGGUAGCGCCCAUGUACGACGAUCGCUGGUACUUCAACACAUCCCUAUACUACAACCCAUACACAAAAGCAUGUCAUAACGACACGCAAACUCAAAUCGACUUCCUCUCCAACACCUUCGCAGCAUCCAACGCAACGUGGAAAUUUCUACAAAUGCACCACCCAUACCGCUCCGCAGCAACCAACGAAACAGAUCUCGGUCCACUUAUCGAAAUCGUCAUUCAGCACCAAGGAAUCGUGAUGAAUGGCCAUGAUCAUUGUAUGGGACAUUUCUUCAGCAAUAAUACCAAUUUCAUCUUGAGUGGUGCGGCGGGAUAUCCUCAAGCCGGAGAUUGCAAUAAUGGGACAGCACCGGGACCGUAUGCACUUUAUUUGGGAGCAAAUAAUUUGACGGGCGAGUGA